GAUAACUUUUUUAGGAACAAUAAUAUUUCGGAAUGCAAAUUUAAAGCAUUACUUAAUUAAUAACUCUGGCGACUAUUUCAAUAACUAUAAAGAAGCGUAACCACUACUUGGAACUUUCAAUUAAAGUGAUCUUUGAACCACCCAAAGUCGUCAACCACUGUUCACUCUAUACUAACUUAAUAAAUAUUACACUGUUAGGAGUUUUCCACAUCUCGAUCGGUUAACUUGUUCUAAUUCAUUUCUCGUCUUACGGUGUCUCAACAAUUCGAUAAAAAAUGACAAAUGUGCGGACAAAUGAUGGUGAAUAUAAAGCACCGCUCUUCGGCGCUCGUCAUGUACAGUGUAUUCUAAUAUUUCUGGGAAUGUCAGCUGCAGUAAUACAGCGUGUAAAUCUCUCGGUAGCGAUCGUGGCAAUGAUGGAUAAGAAUUCCACCAAUCCCGACUUUGAGGAGUAUCAAUGGUCGGAGGAGACAAAAUCAUAUGUGUUUAGCAGUUUCUUUUGGGGCUAUUGCAUAACACAAGUACCGGGCAGUCAGUUGGCGCACCGAUUUGGUGGCAAACAAAUCUAUCUUUGGAGUAUAACGUUGAGUGGCCUCUUGGCUUUAUUAACACCGCUGAGCGUGCGCUUGGGCGACUGGCAACUGCUCUGUGCGUUACGUUUAUGUCAAGGUCUCAUACUGGGAAGCGCCUAUUCAGCGAUACAUACUUUGCUCUCGAAAUGGGUGCCAACCAAGGAGCGCGGCUCUAUGGGCACCUUUUGCUACACUGGUCUGCAAUUUGGUAGCUCAGUGAUUAUGUUAGUUAGCGGUUGGAUUGCCACAUCCUCCUUGGGCUGGCCGGGUAUAUUUUAUUUCUCCGGCAUUUUAAGCAUAAUUUGGGGUGUGAUCUGGUAUUUGUUUGGCGCAAGCACACCCAGAGAGUGCAAAUGGAUUAGUGAAGAUGAGUGUAUGUUCAUUGAAACAGCGUUGGUAACAUCAGUCAAACCGGAGCAUGAGCAUGCAUCCACAAAAACACCUUGGUUGAACAUAUUCACAUCUGUGCCUUUUUGGGUGCUAUUGGUGGCACAGUGCACUUUCACUUGGGGCUUUUGGAUAAUGUUAACGCAAAUACCUUCAUACAUAAAGAGCAUACUUGGAAAGGAUAUGGAGAGCAAUGCAAUUUUGUCAUCGAUACCUUAUCUGUCUAGUUUAUUCUUGACAUUUGCAUUUUGUAUUUUAGAUGACUUUCUGAUUAAACGAGGCUACAUGAGCGUCAAUACCAGUCGUAAGCUGUUCAACACCAUCGGUUUUUGGGUGCCCGUAAUACCGAUCAUACUACUCGGUUAUAUGCGCGCCGAUCAGAGUGAAUUGGCAUUAGCGUUGCUUGUUAUUGCUGUGGGUGUGAAUUCGUCCAGCUAUUUGGGUUUCCUCACUAAUCAUAUCGAUCUAUCACCCAAUUUUGCUGGUAUCCUUAUGGGCAUAGCGAAUUGUGCGGCAAAUAUAAUGAGCUUAUUGGCACCACUAACGGUGGGCUUCAUCGUCACAGAUGCGAAAUGCAUAGAACAGUGGCGUAUCGUGUUCUAUAUCGGCGGUGGUAUGUACUUCAUUGGCAAUUUAUUGUUCGUCUUGUUUGGCAAGACGGAAAUUCAAGCCUGGAAUUACCCCAAGAUAGAGCGGGACAAUCGCCAACACAUUUGAUUCGAAAUUCGUUCAAAAUGGAGAAUAAGAAACUGAGAUAUGAGAAUUAUCAAAUUACAUACUGAUGUUGCUUGAAUAACUGUAGUUUUUUAAUUACGAUUUAGUAUUAUAACAGUAAGUGUAUUUAAAAUAGUUAAAAGUAAUAAUUUUAUCAAGCUAUGGUACUCUGUGUAAGAAAUGUACAUCUGUUGCUAGGUUUUUAUACUGAUUACAUUUCCAACUAACUCUUUCUAGAAAUUCGGAGAUAAAGAGUUACGUGGUCUUAUGCAUUUUUAUCUGUUUAAAAAUAUCGUGCAUACUAUUUGAAUAAUGAUUACAGCGAAUGUAAUGCUAUCAGAUCGUGUCAAAGUAAAUUUGUAUAAAAUAAAACUUUGAGUUAAAGA